GAGAGCAGAACCAGAGAGACUGAGAUACAGAGAGGAAGAGUAGAAGACAGAAACAUCUCCAUCAUCGACACUCCAGGAUUCUUCAACCCUCACCUGACUGAUGAAGAGAUGAAGAAGCCAGAUGAUGAAGAGUCUGGAUCUCUCUGAUCCUGGUCCUCACGUGUUCCUGCUCGUCAUUAACCUGGAGAACUUUAGAGAGGAUGAGAGGAACAUUGUGGAGCAAAUUCAGAAGAACUUCGGAGAAGAAUCUUUGCUCUUCACUAUGGUUCUGUUUAUUGGACGGGAAAAAAAUAUCCAAAAGAGAAUUUAAUCAAAUCAUUGAGAGUGAAGAAACACAGAAAAUACUUAACUACUUUGAAGGACGAUUUCAUGUGAUAAACAACAAAAAUGAGUGUGAUUCCAGCCAGAUCACAAAGCUCCUGAAGAGUAUUGAUCAUACGGUGAAGAACAAUGGAGGACAAAACUACAGCAAUGAGAUCUACCUGAAGAAUCAGAGACAACUUAGAGAGACAAUGAAACUAGAGGAGGAGAAGAAACAAGAGGAGAAAAAAGGGAUAAAUACAAAGGAGUAUGUUAAAACCAAAGAGAGCAUGGAAACUGAAACAGAAGACAUUACAAAGAAACAAGAGGACAUGAGCAAGGAGAGCAGAGAACCAACAGAACACAAACACCUCAGAGAUAAGAGCGCUGCUGUCCAGGAAGAUCACAGGAAACAGAUGGAAACACGGAGAGAGAGAAAGAAAGACUGAGAUGGGAGCUGGAAAGAGGAAUGACACCAGGAGAUGUGUCAAAACAAGGCAAUACCGAACCAUUUGUAGCUAAAUAUUUUCUAAAGGUAUUUUUGUGUACAAUGAGCCAUCAAUAAGCUUAAUGAGAAAUUUUCUUAAGAGGCUUCACUGGACCAUGAAAUAAUUAAAAGUGGUUAAAUUUUAGGGAAGUGGAUGAUUUGAUGGGUAAAUUUGAAUUAAAUGCCUUAACACAAUUAACGCAGUCAACACAUGAGAUCAUGCGAUGAUCACAGUGACAUCACACCAUUCUCAUACUGUGAUACAGUGUCAGUAAUAAGUGAGUUCAAUGUUAAAUUCAAAAUGUUGAGCAGGUUGA